CGAUUAUCAUCAUUACUUUGCCUUGAUACGGUGAAAUACCUUGCUUUCUCUGGGUUGUUCUUAUUGGGUUUCUUCUUUCGAUUUCAUUAUUAUUUACAAAAAAAAAAAAACGGAAAGCAUCCGUUUGAAAAUAAUGAGUUCAAAGGCCCCUCAUUCGAUGUUCGAUCCACUCUACUGAAAGAGAUUGGCAGUGGCUAACAGUUCUCUGGUUCACUACGAAAAGGAAAAAAGGGUCGAGCGGUAGCUUAAUAGAGAAGACAAAGAUGUCGCUGAGAAUAAAAGCGGUGGUCGAUAAGUUCGUGGAGGAGCUGAAAGAGGCCUUGGAAGCCGACAUGCAUGACAGAGAAAUGAAGGAAAGAGAGAUGCAAAGUUACAUCGAGGAACGUGAGCGCGAAGUCGCCGAGCGUGAAGCGGCCUGGAAGGCCGAGCUCUCUCGCCGUGAGGCAGAGAUUGCCCGACAAGAGGCUAGACUAAAGAUGGAAAAAGAAAACCUCGAAAAAGAGAAAAGCGUCCUGAUGGGAACAGCAUCGAAUCAAGAUAACCAAGACGGGGCUCUCGAAAUCACUGUAAGUGGCGAAAAAUACAGAUGCCUGAGGUUCGCAAAGGCAAAGAAAUAAAGAAGAUGAAGAAGCUUUGAUGUCUUUUCCUAGAUUUGCUGCAGCAAGUUUGCUUUAUUUUUUUUUAGAAUCUAUUCAUUCUAUAUGCAUUGAUAAGUAUACUUGUAGGUUUGCUUCCAGACACACAUCCUAUUGACAGUAUCCAGUAUAUGAUUCCAUUUCAAUGAAGAAAGGCAAAAAAAGAAAGAAAAAAAGAAAAAACAAGGUUGCCAUCUUCUUUUA